CUGAGUAAUUGCCUCUCUGAGACGUGUUAUGAUCCUGUAAGGCUCAGCUCAGGGUUUACUAACACAGCGCGGUGCCGCUUCACUUCAUGAAGAUACGCUUGGUAGCAUUAGCUUGGUAGCUAAGCUAGCCAACCUUACCGAACCUGUUCCUGUGCUAUGGCUAGCUAACCUCAAUCAAAGUGUUCCCAGCUAGCUUAGUGAGACUACAUGCACGAAACUAGAAAACUGAAUGUUAAUAAACGAUGCCAAAGAGAGACUGACUGUCAGGACUGACUGGCUUAGUUUGUGUUGUGUGAGAGACGUCAAGGAAGAGGGAGGUUGGCCACUUCCCACUACGACCAGCAAAUUGUACUGGUACUCCUGACUACAUCUCCCUCCUGCUGCUAGCUGAAGUUCCUCCUCCAGCAGCGGGUGAGGUAGUGUGCUGUAAGCUAGCUCAAACAUACCAAAGCGGUGGAUACAUGUCUACCUCUGAACCACGGGACGAGCUACGAAAGGGAAAUCUUGCAGUUCAUGUUUCGCCAAGAAGUCAGUGUGACGUCUUUUAUUCCGUCUUGUUCGUAUCUUUUCCAACACGAGAAGAGGAAUAUGUCCAGAUAUAACAUAUACAGCCUGUUGGACUGGGUCUAUGGCGGGGUGGACCCCAAGUUUGAAGGCAACGGGGGCCCCGAGUGUGCCGCCUUCAUCGCGCCCCAGCAGCGCAUCAGCGAGAGUCUCAUCAUGGUCCUCAUCUCCCUGGUUGAGAUCGGCGUGGCCCUGAAGAAGAUCAACCUCUCCAAAGAGCUUAAGGUGGCGGGGAAAGAUGGCACAAGGGCAAAGGAGGAUAGUAUGGGCAAAAACCUGUUGCUGGUUGCUCUUUGCAUGACUUUUGGAGUGGAGGUUGGGUUUAAGUUUGCGACAAAGACUGUGAUAUACCUGCUGAAUCCGUGCCAUGUCAUAACCAUGGUUCAGAUCUUCCUGCUGGCCUGCCCACCAUGCAAAACAGCAAUGAUUGUAUUCAGGCUGCAGGUCCACAUGUUGAAUGGAGCACUGCUGGCUUUAAUGUUCCCUGUAGUCAACACCAGACUGCUUCCAUUCGAGAAGGAGGUCUACUACAUCCAGCACUCCAUGCUGUACCUGGUGCCUCUUUACCUCUUCAGGAAAGGAGGUGUGUACAAGCCUGAGCCUCUGGGGGACAUGGGGUGGGCACUGCUCUCCACUGGCAUCCUGUUCCUCUACCACUUUGUCUUCUUGCAGCUCCUCGGCCUGCUGACAGAGGUGAACCUGAACAACAUGCUCUGCCCAGUGUCCGACCCCUUCUACGGCCCGUGGUACCGGGUGUGGGCGGCAGGCCACCAGACCUUGCUGACCCUCAUUCACGGGAAGGUCCUCACACUCCUCUCCCAGCACACAGGCACCGUCUGCAGAUUCCUGCUGGACACACUCCGACUACGCAGCAAGAAAGUCGACUGAAUGUCCUGGAAGGAGAGACGCACACAGACAGACCACGCCUUUCAUUCUGAAUGCCUGCCUCUUUUUUUUUUUUUUUAAAUCAAUCUUUAAAACAUCUUUUAAGAUCACUUUUACUGAAACAAGUGAGCAUUUCAGGGCCAGUGAAUCAACGUGUCAUUUUUUUUUAGGUGUAGUAAGUCGGCUUGCAUGCAUACACAUACUAGGCAUCUUAAGGCUGGUAGGGUAGCAUCAUGGUGAGGGAACGAUGUUUUUCUUUUUUCUCUUAUUUUGGAAAUCAUUUCCAGAAGUGAGUUUUGGGAGAUUUCUCAAGAUGCCUUUUUUUGUAAAUGUAAAAAUUGGUGAGGACAGACUCCGAGGUCUCUCAGAUGUCACUGCUGAUCUGCAGUUGUUACACUUUUGGUUCUUUACGUGUGAUCAUAUGUUAGAGGGUUCCGCUGCCAUUUUAUUGUCUCAAGUGCGUCUUGAAUGUGAGCUGUUGUUGCUUGUUUAUAGCUGCAAUUUUUUUUUUGUUUCACAUGUAUGAUCACCUCUUUGGUGUUGUCAUGACUGAAAGCUUGUUUAUGGCGUCCUUCUGUUCCCACAUCUUGCUACACACAUACACAUGAAAUGAAACCUUGUAAGUGGCCUCUUUGUCACAUCCGCCUCCAGCCGUCUCUGAUCAUUCCAGGUGUGAUAAUCAGGGGACACGAAGAUGUUUUACAUGCUGAGAUUUAAAAGAGAUGAAUGAGGAUCUACACUGGGAUGCUAUUAUUUCCUCUACCGCGAGUUCUGUGUAUGUGUUUGUUAUUCUGUUGUGAUAUAGGACCAUAUUCAGUGACUGCACAGCAUGGUUGGGAUGAAUGUGAUGUUAGAUUUCGAAAACUUUGUAUCUGGGCUGGAAACACACACCAUGAAACUUGAAAUAGUUGCCUGAUUGUCACAUUAAUCCUGACUUCACUCCACCACACACUCAGUCUCUGUUUUGUAUAAGAAAAGCAUCAGAUGAUCUGCAUGAAGUCACUUUGGGUCAUUCAUUGACAACCCAAUCAAAAGGAAGUAUUAGCUAGCAUUAGUAUUGGAAUAUUUCAGUCAUGGUCUGUAUCAUUUCAUCAAGUGUGAGGGCUGUGUGUGUUAAUGUAGCAUAUAUUGUACUUCACUGUAAAGAAGGGACAAGACACACUUUUGUAUUUCUAUGGGUUUGAGUGUAUGUGAUGUAUUGACAAUAAAAGUGAUUUCAGUUGA